UCUGGAUUCUGAGACCUUGUCUGCUCCCCUCCAUCAGGUUUCCGCUCUUGUCUCCUUUCUCUGCUAGAUUCAAGUUUUUUUCUUUUUCCUAACAGUGUUGCAUGUGAUCGGCUCUUCAUAGUUCUGACAAAAAAUAAUACUAUCAUUUUCUAGUGACUUACUUGAAUCUUUACUCCAAACUAUAUUCUUUCACUCUUAAAUCUUUGAGAUUAAAAACCCAGAUGGGAGGACUAUACUGUUGUGUAUCUACGGGACAAGAUUCUGAAAAAUUUGACCACAAAAAAGCUAGAAAAACCAAGACAUUAAGUUUAAUUUCUAACAAGUUCUGUCUGUCAGCAAAAUUUCAUCUCUUCUUAAGACAAACCACUUUCAUACCUUCAUUGUCAUCUAAAGUUUAAAGUUCAGACUCUCCAAAGUAUUUACUUGCUCCUGAACCCUCUUUGGCUUGAACAUUUUCUCCUCUUGUCUCAUCUUUGAUGCUCUGGGAAUCGUAUUUGGAUUAAGAAUGGGUGAAGUGACGUAGCGUUCUUCAGAUGACUCUUAACGCCUUAUCAAUUCCUGUUACAGAUAGCUAAGAGCAAGCAGUAUGAUUUGCACACAGAAGUCACAGCCUUAAAGCAAGGGAAGAACCCCGGCUCCAGUGCUGAGGGAUGGAUGCUUGAAGGGGGUGGAUUCAAGAGAGGAGAGCUUCAGAAGGGCUCAGAACCAGAGACCUUCCAGCACGUAGAUGGAGAUCUUGCGUGUUCAGUCAGGGACGAUGAGUUUCAAUUCCAGGGGCUCCGGCACCCUGUGACUGCCAGGCAGUUGGUCGAAGCUAAGCUUCUGGACAUGAAGACAGUCGAGCAGCUGCGACGCGGUCUUAAGACGGUCGAAGAGGUUCAGAAGACUCUCAGCAAGUUUUUAACCAAAGCCACCGCCAUUGCAGGGCUUUACCUCGAAGCCACAAAAGAAAAGAUGUCAUUUUCUUCAGCAGCCAAGAAAAUCGUAAUAGACAAGAUGAUGGCGUUGGCCUUUUUGGAAGCUCAGGCUGCCACGGGUUUCAUAAUCGAUCCCCUUUCAGGUCAGACCUAUUCGGUUGAAGAUGCAAUUCUUCAGGGAGUGAUUGACCCCGAAUUCAGAAUUCGGCUCCUUGAGGCAGAGAAGGCAGCCCUGGGGUAUCCGUGUUCCUCCAAGAUGCUGUCAGUGUUUCAAGCUAUGGAAAAUAGGAUGCUUGACAGGCAAAGGGGCAAACAUAUGUUGGAAGCGCAGAUCGCCAGCGGGGGCGUCAUCGACCCCGCGCGAGGCAUUCGCGUUCCUCCAGAAGUCGCUCUGCAGCAGGGCUUGUUGAAUAACGCCAUCCUGCAGUUUUUACACGAGCCGUCCAGCAACACAAGGGUCUUUCCUAAUCCCAAUAACAAGCAAGCGCUGUAUUACGCGGAAUUACUGCGCAUGUGUGUGUUCGACGUCGACUGCCAGUGCUUGCUGCUUCCGUUUGGGGAGAGGAACAUUUCCAACCUCAAUGUGGCGAAAACGCACAGGAUCUCGGUCGUAGACACCAAGACGGGAGCAGAACUGACCACGUACGAGGCUUUCCAGAGAAACCUGAUCGACAAAAGUACCUAUCUUGAGCUGUCAGGGCUGCAGUAUCAGUGGAAGGAGGCCACCUUUUUUGAAUCCUACGGGCAUCCUUCUCGCGUGUUGAGGGAUGCUAAGACCGGGUUGCAGCUCAACAUUGAUGAGGCGGUAGAGCAGGGAACUGUCGACAAAGCCUCGGUCAGAAAGUACCAGGAGGGCCUUAUCACGCUCACAGAGCUUGCGGACUUCCUGCUCAGCCGGCUCGUUCCCAAGAAGGAUGUGCACAGUCCCGUUGCGGGGUAUUGGCUGACGUCCAGCGGGGAGAGGAUCUCAGUCCUGAAGGCCUCCCGCAGGAAUCUGGUGGAUCGGAUCACCGCCCUGCGAUGCCUCGAAGCCCAGGUCAGCACCGGGGGCAUCCUUGAUCCCCUGACCGGCAAGAGAUACCGCGUGGCCGAGGCUCUGCACAGAGGCCUGCUGGACGAGGGUUUUGCCCAGCAGCUGCGACAGUGUGAGUUGGUGGUGGCGGGGAUCAGUCAUCCUGUCACUAACAAAGUGAUGUCAGUGUUGGAAGCUGUGAAUGCAAACAUCAUAAGUAAGGACAUGGGAGUCCGGUGUUUGGAAUUUCAGUACUUGACAGGGGGGCUGAUGGAGCCCCAGGCUCAGACCCGGUUGUCCAUAGAGGAGGCUCUCCAAGUGGGUAUGAUAGAUGUCUCCAUCGCAACAAAACUCAAAGACCAGAAGUCCUACAUCAGAAACAUCCUGUGUCCGCAGACGAAAAGAAAGUUGACAUACAAAGAAGCGUUAGAAAAAGCCGAUUUCGAUUUCCACACGGGACUGAAACUCUUAGAAGUGUCUGAACCCCUGAUGACAGGAAUCUCCAGCCUCUACUAUGCUUCGUGAUAGGACGUGUGUAGAUUACCUGGAACAGGUCCAGUUCCCACGAUGAAACACACAGUCCAGAAAUUGUAUCACAUACUCAAAGCACCAGUUGCUUUCUUGAGGGCUGGAAAGAGCUAACUGCUGAGGGGAGAGAAUACUUUUUAAACUGAAAAUAUCCAAAGACUUACUGCCCCAAUUCCAUUUACCUUUGAGAUUUGUAUUUUGACUCUUACCUACACUCAGAAAUAUUUUACCUAGAGUAUGGGAUAAGCUUGAGGAACUCCAGCAGGUUUCCAGCAUCCCCCCUUCCGAGCCCUCCAUUCCUGACCAGAUCCAGCCUGGUGUCAGGGUUCCUUCCCAUUUAUUGAACGAUUCAUUGCACUCACUAACAUAGCACUUCAGAAAGCGUCGUGGAAUCUGAGGGAAAAGUGCCCAUUUGUUCCAGCAUCCGUGAGGCUAUAUUGUUUUAGAUCGCCUUGAAAAAUGAAAGUUUGGGAUUUUUCUGUGUGUGUGUAUAUAACCUUCUUUGCCUAUUACCUGUUCACCACCGUCUCCCAUUUCUAGUCACGACUUUGUCAUUGGAAGCAGCAUCAUGACUGGGUUCUGUGUUGGAGGAAGGCAGAUGAUUUUUCUUCGUUCUGUGUAAUUUUCCUACGUGUGCAGACUUUCUCCACUGUUUCAGAUUUCCAUUGUCUGAUACUUUUCUGUCCAGACAAUUGUGCUUGUGAUGCUAAUGCAAAGGCAGCAAUUCAGAGAUCGCCCAGUGCUUCAUGAAUAAAGUUGAGUUUUUAAACGUGUCAUGUUGGUAGACCAGCUGGCAGGUUCUACUGAUCAUUCAAGACUGUCUGUCACAGUUUCCUUUGCUACAUAAACAUUUUGGAAGUACAUCUGGUGUGUGACGUGAUACACAUGGUUAAGUGAAUGAAUAAAGCAUCUCGGUAACCUGU